CAGCAGCAGCGGCGGCGGUGGCGGCAGCAGAGCCGCGCAGCCCCGCGGAAUGGAGCGGCGCCGGGGCUGAGCCGGGCGCGCACGGGCCCCGCAUGUGCCGCAUGGGCAGCGGCUGCCAAGCGGGCGGACAGCGAGCGCCAGAGGCCCCGUCGGAGCGGCCGCCGGAGCAGCACCGGAGAUGGGAGAACAGCCCAUCUUCACCACCCGGGCACACGUCUUCCAGAUCGACCCCAGCACCAAGAAGAACUGGGUGCCGGCCAGCAAGCAGGCGGUCACCGUCUCCUACUUCUACGAUGUCACCAGGAACAGCUACCGCAUCAUCAGCGUGGAUGGGGCCAAGGUGAUCAUAAACAGCACCAUCACGCCCAAUAUGACCUUCACCAAGACAUCGCAGAAGUUCGGGCAGUGGGCCGACAGCAGAGCCAACACGGUAUUUGGUUUGGGGUUUUCCUCCGAGCAGCAGCUGACCAAGUUUGCAGAGAAAUUCCAGGAGGUGCGAGAAGCCGCCAGGCUGGCCCGAGACAAGUCCCAGGACAAGGUCGAGACCACGAGCAAUCACUCCCAGGCAUCCAGCGUCAAUGGGACAGAUGACGAGAAGGCCUCGCACGCCGGGCCGGCCGACGCACACCUCAAGUCUGAGAAUGACAAAUUGAAGAUCGCGUUGACACAGAGCGCCGCCAAUGUGAAGAAAUGGGAGAUGGAGCUGCAGACCCUGCGGGAGAGCAACGCGCGGCUGACCACGGCGCUGCAGGAGUCGGCGGCCAGCGUGGAGCAGUGGAAGAGGCAGUUCUCCAUCUGCCGUGAUGAGAACGACCGGCUCCGCGCCAAGCUGGAGGAGCUGGAGGAACAGUGCAGCGAGAUCAACAAGGAGCGCGAGAAAAACACCGAGCUGAGCAGCAGGAUCGAGGAGCUGGAGACCGAGCUGCGGGAGAAGGAGACGGAGUUGAAAGAUCUCCGGAAACAAAGCGAAAUCAUCCCGCAGCUCAUGUCGGAGUGUGACUAUGUCUCGGAGAAGUUGGAGGCGGCCGAGAGAGACAACCAGAACCUGGAGGACAAAGUGCGGUCCCUGAAGACGGACAUUGAGGAGAGCAAGUACCGGCAGCGCCACCUUAAGGUGGAGUUGAAGAGCUUCCUGGAGGUGCUGGACGGCAAGAUCGACGACCUGCACGACUUCCGCAGGGGCCUGUCCAAGCUGGGCACGGACAACUAGGGCCGCCCGCCCACCCACCCGUGCAUCCCCGGUGCGGUGUGGUGCGGUGCGCACGCGUGUGUGCGCGGGAGAGCAAGUAGGGCCGGGCCGGCGUCCUGGGCGUGGGGGUGGGGUCGUGUUUCCACGCCGGCUGUGCCGUCCACUCGCUCCUCUGCAGGAUAGAAGUCUCCUCUCGCUUCUCUGGCCUUGUGAGGUUGCGGACAGCUGGAAGAUUCUGACUCAGGAACCAGAACUAGGUCUACCUUACACGUCUACGCAGUCAGGGUAGGGGUGUUUCUAUCUUUCCUAAGGGCUGUUGCAACCAUACGAACCGAAAACCUUGUUUUGUAAUCCGAUGACCGGUAAGCCUCGGCACCAGGCCGUGUUGCCCCUGUUAACGGAGCAGCGUUCAGAGGGUGUGGGUGUCCACCAGGCUCCCCGUCCCCGGGGGCCCAGAGGACGCCUCUUGCCUCUCACACAAGUUUCCAGCACAGACUGGAAGCCAGAGCAAGAAAAUGAGUUUCUAGCAGGUGCAUUUGUGGGCAUGGGGGUCGCCUGCACCCCCGCCACCCCGGGCCACCUUGCGCCCCAGUUUGCGUGGUUGCGACAAUGUUUCUUCUCUUCGUUUUAAGUGAACAGACGCUUGUGCUGUGGGAGCAGCACUCAGUGAGGCUGCCUGGCCCCAUGCCUGGCUCCACGUAGGUGCUUAAUAAAUAUUUGUUCAAUUAAACAGAUAAACAGAAUUUAGUGUUUUAAUGAAACCCCACGGCAGAGGCCAGGUCCCUUGCUGUACAGUCCACAAGCCGGGUAGUUAUCCAGCAUGACUAACUGGUCAAACCAAGGCUGGCUCUGGGCCCUUGGGAGGGGGCAGGGGGAUCAGCAAGGGGCUGAUGGGAGCCCCCCCUCCCAGAACCCAUCUGUGAUGCUGGGACCACCUUGCUCUCCUGGCCUGGGCAUAUUGGGACCCCUGGAUGCCCAGGGCUUGGGGUCUACAGCGGGGUCCUAGGAUGGGUUUGGACAGCUGAGAGGGAGUUGCACGGGUCCACAAUGAGGGGUAGGGUCUCGGCUUUGAGCCUUGGCCUCAGCGACAGGCCCAGGGCUGCCCUUGACUUUCUCAGUUCCCGCUGAGCCACCAACCCCUCCUGUCUCACAGAGCAGCGUGGUGGGCAGCCUGCACGGGGAGAGGUUGCCUGGCGACCACAAGAUGUUUUGAGUCUGGGGGCCUCAUGCAUUUGUAAAUGCCUUGAGCGGGGAGGACCUUGACCCCUGAGACACUCAGACCGACCUGAGAGAACUUCUCCCUGUAGACCAAGGGUGGGGAACUCCAGCCCUCACCCUACCUCCCCACCCCCAUCACUUGGUCUGGCCCUGCCAAGGUGACCACAGGCUGGAGCUCGAAAUUCCAUCAAUCAACUGCAGGCUGUUGAUUAAGUCAAUAACUCUGUGUGGUCCACUGAUGAUGUCAUAAAGAUCCAAAUGGCCCUUGGCAGGGAAAAAAAAAAGUUCCCCAUCCCUGUUGCAGAUCCUUCUUCUACAAGGGGUAGAAUUCCUCUCGCCAGCUUUGGGUUCCUGAGCCAAUAGCCAGACGGACAGACAGGAGGCAGGCCCCCAGGUGAGCACCCCAUCCUGUGGCCCCCUGUGCCCAGCCAAGACUGCCCUGGAGCAGGACGAGUCCUGUCUGUGAUGAGGAAGGAGUGGGGGCAGGUGGUUCCCAGCGCCCAGGCACUUUAGGGGAGACCCCCCCCCCCACCAUAGGCUCACGCACAAGGAAGUGAAUGUGGGGUCAAUCCUUGGAGAUCCUGGCUCGGGUGCUGCUGGCCUGGCGCCUCCUGCAAAGAUCCCGAGGGCUCUGGAGACUUUGGUGGCAUCUCGCGGCUGGCUGUGCUGGGAGAGCAGAGAGCUGAGCUGGCCUAGGGCCCCGCUACAGGGUCAAGGGGUAGCCGACCAGCCGUUGGGGGAGAUAGGCCUGCAACUGCCCAGGAGCCAAGGAUGCUAGGAUCCCAGAUGCUCUCGACUUGGGUCCUCUGCUGAUUGCCAGCUCUUCUGUAGGGACCCUUCUGACCGCCUGGGGCUUGCUCCGGUGCUGUAGUCGUGGGAGGGUGGCUGUGUUCCCGAAGCUGUGCUGGGAGGGGCAGUGGGAGGGCUGGGCCCUGCCGGAGGGGCCUCUGGGCAGGGAAAGGUAAGUUGGGGUCCGCAGUGGAAGUUCAGCUUGAUGUCAGCCCUGCACUUCCGGUUCCUUCUGCACAUUCUCUGAAACUCUUAGUGCCCCCUCGCCUACUGUCUUGUAUAAAGAACAGCGGCUGUGCCGUCAGCAGCGGCUACUCCGCCUCCGGCACGGGGCAGGGUGGACUUGACGCUGUGAGAUAGAUCCGCUCAGUCCAUCCCGCCCGUCCCUUGAGCCGGGGUAAGCUGCCCUCGUUUGUCGUAACGUCUAGCUCUGGCUCGGUGCCGUUGGCAGGGCCCCGUGCCCGGUGCCAGCAGGUCGUCAGCCUGUCCCUGUGGCUGCCACGGCCACACCGUGCAGCGUGGGACACGUCAAGCCUGGUCAGCACUGGCAGUCUCCAAAUGAGGUCUCCCGGCUGUAUCGUUUAUUUAUUUGAGGGUUUUGAAAUUUAUGUAUUUAUUUUAAAGAUUUAUUUAUUUAUUUGAUAGGCAGAGUUAUAGAGAGAGGGAGAGACAGAGACAUCUCCCACUUGCUGGUUUACUCCCCAAAUGGCCAGAGCUGGGCCAAGUCAAAGCCAGGAGCCAGGAACUUCUUCCAGGUCCCCCAAGCGGGUGCAGGGGCCCGAGGACUUGGGCCAUCUUCUACUGCUUUCUCAGGCCAUAGCAGAGAGCUGGAUUGGAAGAGGGGUGGCUGGGAUUAGAACCGGCGCCUACAUGAGAUUCCAGCCCUGCAAGCGGAGGUUUAGCCCACUCUACCACAGCGCUGACCCCUAUUUAUUUAUGUAUUUAUUAGAGAGAGACAGUUAGAGCUCCCAUCGAUUGGCCCUCUCCCCUCAUGCCCAGAAAGGCUGGGGCUAGGCCAGACCAGAGCCAGGAGCUGGGAACUCAAUCCAGGUCUCCCACGUGGUGACAGGGACCCCAUUACUUGAGCCAUCCCUGCUGCCUGCUCCCAGAGUCUACAUCAGCAGGAAGCUAGCUAGAAUCAGGAACCGGAGCUGGGAAUCGAACCCCGGGCACCUCGAAGUGCAACACAGGCGUCCUGACCGCCAUCUUAUCCGCUGGGCCAAACACCUGCCCAAAACCGGCUCCUGGUUUUGACAUCUCUGAGACUGGUGUCUAUACCUUGAUCAGUCUCCUUUCUGCCUGCAUGAAACACAGGCCUAAAGGAAGCCUAGGAAAACUUCAACCAGGACGACCCCCGAGAACCAGCUUCGCAUUCCAGCCCAGACCCCACUGGCUGCAUGACCAAGCUGGGGGAGGUGAGUGGAUGUCUCCUGGGGCCCAGGAAGGGUGAAGCCACCAGGGCGCCUGGCAGGGGGACGGUGUCAGGCCUUGAAUGGCAAGCAAGCCACACCCCGGGCCACAGUCUCUAUCCCACCUGCUGUCACUUUAGACCAGAAUCGAGGAGAGAGCCGGGCACAGGUUGUGCAGACAGAGAGUGAACCCAGAGACGGGCACGUGUCCAAGCCGCUUUACGAACCAUAGCGCUGUUCUCUCUUUAGUGACCCUUGGGUGCAAAGAGAAAAAAGCCCCCUGUGUCCUAAUAGGACACGGCGCCCACUGCAGUUAACACGGCUUUUGCAUGUGUCCACCCUGAAUGAACGGGAAUUAUACCAGGUCCCAUUUCCCAGCCAUUCCGGUCUGCAGGGAUCUUUCCCGCGGGAAGGUGAACCCAGUUGUGUGCAGCACAGACCUGCACAAGGGGCCUGGUGGGGCCCCCACAUGCGGCCAGGGACACCCCUAGAGCUCCAGUGACGUAGCCUAAGCCCGGCCCUGCUGAUGACCGGAAGCGGAAGUAGGGUGUUGCUGCCAUUGGUAUUCCCUUGAACCGUGUCGCUGGGCUUGAAGCACUUGCCACAGAAACUGGGAACGUGCAAAAGGAUGUGUGUGGCUUCCCCCGAGAAAUCGUGUGUGGGCUGGGGCGGGCUUGCAGGUAACAGGCUCCUGGAGCCUUGGGUUUCCAGUUCCUCUCUCUAAGCACGGCCCGGGGCCACACGGUGACUGUUGAGCUUGAUGAAGAGUUCUAGUGAACAUAGGACUGUGCA